AUUUUACAAGCUGGAUUUUUGUAUCGGGGAAUUGUGUGCAAACUGAGAUAGAUAAGUUGGGAUUAGGAAAUGGCACCGCCAGCGGCACGGGCGCGGUACAAUGCCAACAAGGCUGACAACCAGAUACUCACCAAAAAACCACCGAAACGUCUAAAUGGCAAAAAAGACACCGCCGGCGACGUGUCAACCGGCAAUCACAAGAAGGAGAAGAAGAAUAAACAAUCAUCGUCCGUUGCGCAGAGUGCGGACAAGGCACAGACGAACUCUAACCCCAACCCAAUUAUGCCCAGUGUACACACUGCCUUCAAAACAUUUGUGAGCGCGCGCCUUUGCAGCGCCAUUUGGGCGUACAUUUCCGACUGUGAUGAGACCUUCAACUACUGGGAACCGCUGCACUACAUCAUCAAUGGUCAUGGCCUGCAGACCUGGGAGUACAGUCCGCAAUUUGGCCUCCGCUCCUACACAUAUCUAUUGCUGCAAGGCGUGCCCGGUUGGGUGUAUCAAAAGAUAUUCAAUCCAAGUCCCAUACUCAUCUUUUAUAUGGUCCGCUGCAUGCUGGGCUUUGGCUGUGCCGUAAUGGAGCGUUUCAUGUACAAAUCCAUUUGCCAGGAGUUUGGCAUACACGUUGGACGCCUCUGGCUAAUAUUCCAAUUGUUUAGUGUCGGCAUGUUUGUAUCCAGCACUGCGCUCUUGCCGUCCUCCUUCUCCAUGUAUUUUGGCUGCGCUGCCUUGGCCGCUUGGUGGCAGCAGCGCUACAGUUUGGCAAUCUUUUUUACGGCUAUUUCGGCGCUGUUGGGCUGGCCCUUUGCGGCACUUAUUGGUGUGCCGCUGGUGUUGGAGUUGUUGAUACGCCAGCGGGACUGGCGUACUUUUGUACAGUGGACGUUGAUCUCUGGGGCGACAAUUGCACUGCCAAUGAUUGCCAUUGAUUCGAGCUACUUUGGCAAAUUGACUUUUGCGCCUCUCAACAUUGUCUGGUACAAUGUGUUCACCAGCCAUGGACCAAACAUCUUUGGCACCGAGCCACUAAGCUACUACAUCAUCAAUGGUUUCCUCAAUUUCAACAUUGUUUGGCUUAUGGCACUACAGCUACCUGUUAUGCUGGUGAUGGACUAUUUGCUUGUGCCCGCCAAGUUUAAGUCAACGCUGAAUUUUCCUCGUUAUAUUUCGCUGGCGCCGCUGUAUCUUUGGCUAUUAGUGUUCUUCGCUCAGCCGCAUAAGGAGGAGCGUUUCCUGUUUCCCGUAUAUCCUUUAAUUUCGUUGUGCGGUGCCAUCACUGUAGAUGUCUAUCAGCGCAUCUUCUUUCGCUUCAAGUCGUUGGUGUUCAGGCUCAAGUUGGGCAUUCACUAUUUGGAUCACAGCAUGUUCAUUGCCAUCAUCGUGAUGGUAGCCAGCACUUUGUUAGGGCUUUCGCGCGUCUUUGCACUGUAUCGCAACUAUCACGCCCCCAUGGAUCUGAUGCUGGAGCUAAAUCAAUUUAAGACAUCGCCACAAUAUCGUGCGGAUGAGAUAUAUAAUGUGUGUAUUGGCAAGGACUGGUAUCGUUAUCCCGGCAGCUUCUUUUUCCCGGCUCGGAACUUCCGUUUGCGUUUCCUCAAAUCUGAGUUUCGUGGCAUGUUGCCCGCCUAUUACGGGGAGGGGUCGAAUGCCACCCAAGUGGUGCAUCCAUAUUUUAACGAUCAGAAUUUGGAGAACGAGCAUAUGUACUUUGACUACGAUCAGUGCCACUUUCUCUUGGACUUUGAUGAGGGUAAAUAUACAACACUAGAGCCGAGUUAUUCGAGACGCACCAAGGAUUGGUCCAUCAUGAAGACUUUGCCAUUCCUAAUACCGGAAAAAUCACACAAGGUGCUGCGUGCCUUCUAUGUGCCAUUCCUCACCGACAAUCACAUAAAGUACGGCGACUUCAAUCUACUUAAGCGCAAAAAGACUCGGAAUGGCAGCUAGGAAAGCCAGCGUCAUGUGGCUAACCAAUGAUCAGACAAUUAAGCCGCGAUAUUUCCAUACAGCUGACAUUAUUGAAAUCAAAUUAAUUUACUAUUUCCAAAUGAGUUUUGAUUGUAUUUCGUUUCUCUUUUUUAUAUUUGUAUCUGAUGCCGGUGAAUUGUCAUUGAAAUUCAUCUGAUUUCUUUUAGUUUGUAAGCCACCACCGAAUUGCUUAACUAAUGUUGCAACCGUUUCUUAAAAUCAAGCCAAAGCUGUAAAGAUUAUGCUGAAUCGAAUUAGAGUUUAAGGGAUUAAAAUAAAAGCAAUGACGUUCUUAAA